ACUAUUCUUCCCCGUCAGAUGACACAUGUAUUGUGUCAAUCUAUCCAGAGGCAUGGGGGAAAAAAGAAAAAUAGUACAUUGUGUGCUAAAAUCUACACAGCAUGUGUGAAAAUGAUAUCAACACCACCAUGUGUGUUGUUUUUUGACACAUCUCUUUUUUCUGAGUACAGACUUUUUUCACAGUGAAUAUGGCAUCUCUACUGUAUCAUUGUGCUCUUUAAAAUACUUCUUACAGGUAAAGUAAUUGCUGUCUGCAUGCUGCACACUCGGCGCAGGAGCGAUGUGCAUACUGGCCUAACCGCGAAUUAUGCGGAAAAGCAAGUUUGAACAACCUCUGCGUUUCACUUCCUCCUGCAUAGUUUCAUUCCCGUUCAGACACAGCGCCGCUCCAGACGCGCACUCCGGGCUCGUUGCGGUGAUUUAGCUCAAAACUUGGGCAGGACGCGGCUCACAGGCCACCUGAAGGGCGUCAGCACUGGCUUUAAGGGCCGCAGUGGAGGAAAAGACGAUGGACGUUUCUGUAUAAAAACUUUUUAACUUCUUAAAUCGGAGGCACACCUCGUCUGUGCGGAGGGCGCAUACCUGUGCGGACUUGCCGCAGCCCGUUAGGUAGGACUCAAGUGGGGGAGUCGAGUCCGAGGAGACACACCUUACCUGCCUUUUGUGGCUCUACGGCGCCCCCUUCCCCUCCCCUACCUCUCUAUCCCUCCCUCCCUUUCUUUCUCUCUCUCUCCCCCUCUCUCUUUGGAAGCGGAGGAAUCUGAAAACUGAAAUGUCGUCAAAUGAGAGAGCAACGCGAGCACUGAGGGAAAUCUUGCAGAACCCUGGAAAUGACACUUGCGCAGACUGUGGCGCAUCGGAUCCCAGUUGGGGCUCCUGCUCCCUGGGGGUGUUCAUCUGCCUGGCCUGCUCCGGGAUCCACCGCAACAUCCCCGACAUCAGUAAGGUCAAGUCCCUGAGCCUUUCCCACUGGGAGGACCACGAGGUGCAGUUCAUGGCUGAGCAUGGUAAUGAUCUGAUGAAGAGUAAAUAUGAGGCUGCUGUUCCAGUGUACUACUACAAACCAACCCACAAAGACUGUCAGACGUUGAGGGAGCAGUGGAUUAGAGCAAAGUACGAGAGGAAGGAGUUCUCAGUGCCCGGGAAGAACUUUAUAUAUGAGGAAGGUAUGAAAGAUGGCUUGUUGAUGAAGAGGGGGCGGGACAAUGGGCAGUUCCUCAGCAGGCGAUUUGUCAUCUCAGAGAGGGAGGGGACCCUGAAGUACUUCACCAAAUAUGACGCUAAGGAGCCCAAAGCAGUCAUCAAGGUGGACACUAUCAAUGCAACCUUCCAGCCUGAGAAGAUAGGAAACCCCAACGGCUUGCAGAUCACCUACCUCAAAGACUACAGCACCCGCAACAUCUUUGUCUACCAUGACAGCAGCAAGGAGAUCGUAGACUGGUAUAAUACGAUUCGUGCAGUUCAGCUUCACUAUUUAAAGGUCGCCUUUCCUGGAGCUACAGAUUCUGAGCUGGUACCCAAACUGACCCGGAACUUUCUGAAGGAAGGAUACAUGGAAAAGACAGGUCCCAGGCAAACAGAAGGCUUCAAGAAACGCUGGUUCACCCUUGACCAGAGGAGACUCAUGUACUUCAAAGAUCCACUGGAUGCUUUUGCCAAAGGUGAAGUGUUCUUGGGGAACAAGGGCCACGGUUACAGUGCCUCUGCCGGCUUGCCUGCUGGCACCCACUGCAACGGCGCCUGGCAUCACGGCAUCACCAUAGACACGCCCGAGCGCAGCUUCUUGUUCACCUGCGAGUCGGAGAGCGACCAGCAGGAUUGGCUGAAAUACUUCAGUGAUGUCACGAGCGCUGUGAUGACCCCUCAGGAGUACACAAUGGAAGCCUUGUUCAAACACAGGCACUGAUGGAGCAGAAGCCUGCAGGACCAUCUCCUCUCCUCUCAACCCAGCACCAGUCUGACACAGGACCCACAUCAGUUCUGCCUCCCAAUAUGUAACUGCACCAAACUGACCUUAGCACGGUCAGACUGGAGCUUGUUUCUAAGCCCCAAUGGUGCUUUUUGACAGUGGGGUGAGAAAUGCAUACAAGAGGACCAAGGCAAGAUUCAUUAGUAAAUAAAAAAAUAAGUUGUAAUCAUUAAAUGUGCAAGAAAUUGUAUUUGAUUUAGUUUGACUGUGGUGUUUUUGAACCACACAAUAACAUAUUUAUUUGGGGAUUUUGUGAAGCACAUGUUUAAACAUCUCGAUUGACAGGAUUAUUUUUUUGCUCAGACAUGGUCCCUGUGACCCAUUUUAACCAACUAUAGGCGGGUUUCCAUCAGGUACUUCUCCCUCUAGUGAGCCGCUAUGGGUGUGGCUUGGGAGACCGGAUCCACCCAAGGUCCACCCAACUUCACCGGUUAGUGGCUGGCAGCAGCUCAGAAAGUACCUGCCUAGGGUAGGUACUUUCUGAGCAGCUAUUUAGCCACUACUAACUAGUCAACGCUGAUUGGAUACGGUUGAGACGGUGGCUUUGCGCAUGUGUGAUUCAUUGCAGACUGGACGCUGAGAGGUUAACAUCUCCUGCUCUGCCUCUGACUGCAGCUGGGAGAGACUGCUGCGGGAGGACUGGGCCGCUUGUGAGUGCUUUGGGACCAUAGACUUUAUAAAGUUCGGGACGGCACCCGCUGCUUGUUAAGAAGAGUAGGAAUGAGUCUCCAAUAACACAAUAAAAAGUCGCUAGACUUGUUGGUAGUCACUAGAGGGGUCUGAAUAGUCGCUAAAUAUAGCUUGGCAACACUGCUUGACAGUCCGUUGUCACAUUCGAAAUCCGUUGGUUACAAAAGUACUUGUAUGGGAACAGAGGCCGAGGGGAACUAACUAGUGAGCGGAGCCAAAACAUUGAGCCCUUUUCCAAAAAGUACUCAGAAAGUACUCAGUGGAAACAUGCCUUAUGGAAUCAAUUUCUGUGUGCCAGUGGAUUGAUUAUUUUAUUCUGGUACAGUAAAUGUUGGAAUUUCUAGUUUUAUUAGAUAUUUAAUGUAAUUUAAGAAAAUGCAUUUUAGGUGAAAGGUGCCUUGGUCCUCUUGUAUUCUGAAUUUUAUAUGAAGUGUGAUGAUUGGGUGUCAUAGGGUACAGGGAGUAAAUGAGUCAGGCAGGCACAGACCAUUAGCAGGAGAAAGCUUUUUUUUUAUCCAUGGGGGUUUCAGAAUUCCUUUUUGAUUUUUUCUCUCUUUCUCUCUCUUCAAAAUAAAAGCAUUGUUAUUCACUGUUUUUUAUGUAAACUUUGUAACUACUGUACUCACAUUACUUUAUAUAUAAGCAAUCCAGUUCUUCAGAUGCACCAUCAUUCUGCUUAUUGUUCUGUUUUUUUCCAAGCAAAAUAUAUCCAGACACACUACCUGUACAGUUUGUAUCAUGAAUUAAACAUUGUUUUCUAUUUUCUUUUUAAGACAA